CUUUGCGUCUUCUUUUCUUUCCCACCGAGCCACCCACCCACUCACCAUCAUCACUACCACACCACCACCAUCAUCACCACCACUACCACUACCAUCACCACCACGCUACCACCACCACCACUACCAUCACCACCACUACCAUCACCAUCACAAGUCGCUGGCUUGGGUUCGUGCGCCCACUCCACUUAUCGGCAUCUCCAUUAGCGCAAGUUCGGAGUAGGGAGGCUCGCAGCGAUGGUGCUGGCUCUGGUGCUCACCGUGAUCCUGGGUGGCCUGGCGUUUGUGAUAUUCAUGCUCAAGGGGUUAUUCUCCGGAGGCUCGGCCAGCAAAGACCCCAUCACUCUCAAGGAUCCCAGCAUCAAGUACCCGCUGCGUUUGGUCGACAAGGAGAUCAUCAGCCACGACACGAGGAAGUUCCGCUUCGCGCUUCCGUCUCCGCAGCAUGUGCUGGGACUGCCCGUGGGUCAGCACGUGUACCUGACGACCAAGGUGGACGGGAACCUGGUGAUCCGGCCCUACACGCCGGUGUCACGCGACGAGGAUAAGGGCUACGUGGACCUCGUGGUGAAGGUCUACUUCAAGGGCGUCCACCCGAAAUUCCCAGAGGGCGGGAAGAUGUCCCAGUACCUGGACCAGAUGAACAUUGGCGACGGCAUCGACUUCCGCGGGCCCAACGGCCUCCUGGUCUACAAGGCUCCAGGUGUCUUCGCCAUCCGGCCCGACAAGAAGUCGGAGCCGCAGGAGCGCAAGGUGCGGCGGCUGGGCAUGAUCGCAGGGGGCACGGGAAUCACUCCGAUGCUGCAGCUCAUCCGGCAGAUCGUGAACAAUCCCGCAGACAAGACCACGUGCCACCUCAUCUUUGCCAACCAGGAGGAGAAGGACAUCUUGCUGCGCGCCGAGCUGGAGGAGGUCGCGGCUGAACAUCCGCAGAAGUUCAAGCUGUGGUUCACACUCGACCGCGCACCACAGGGCUGGGAGUUCGGCCAGGGCUUUGUGAACACGGCGAUGGUGCGCGAGCACCUGCCCCCGCCCUCGGCCGACGUACUCGUGCUCAUGUGCGGACCGCCGCCCAUGCUGCAGUUCGCGUGCAACCCCGCGCUGGACGAGCUGGGGUACGCCGCCACGUCGCGGUUUGCCUACUGAGCUCGCGCGCGACGGCACGACGCCGGGCAGGGGGCGCUCGUCCGCCCGCUCGCUUGCUAAGUCGCUCACUCAUCUACUCCCACAGUGAGAUUGAGACUUGCUUGCUCGCUCACUCGCUCACUCGCUCACAGACAGUCAUUUCAGGCAACCCAUUCUCCCUGACACACUCGCCCACUCGUACACUUACACACUCCCUCGCUAAGUCGCUCACUCAUCUACUCCCACAGUGAGAUUGAGACUUGCUUGCUCGCUCACUCGCUCACAGACAGUCAUUUCAGGCAACCCAUUCUCCCUGACACACUCGCCCACUCGUACACGUCUAUUCACCCAACCGUCGCUCACUCACUUCCCACAGUGAGGUCGAGACUCGCUGGCACCCAUUUGCUCACUCACCCUCAUAUACUUACACACCCACUCACUCAAAAACACUUACACACUCCCUCGGAUACACUCACUUUCUCAUACACUCACUCUCUCAUACACUUACACACUUCCUCUCAUACACGCACACACUCUCAUACUCUCAUACACUUACUCUCAUACACUUACACUCACUCUCAAACACUUACACAUUCACCUACUCAUACACGUAUUCACCCAACCAUCCGCUCGCUUGGCACCCGUGUAACGGCUUGCAAUGUUGACGGCGCUACAGAAAUUGUCGUCAUUAUUCUUUGCUCUCAGACGCCGCUGCUGCGGUUUUUGUUUGCUUGCGUCGAGACCAGCGAAGCAGGGCUCACGGUGAGGCUAAGGGGCAGAGCGCUGCGAUUUAUGCCACUGAAUGCAAAACCACGAGACCAAAAAGCUAACCUUAACGGAGGUUUCGGCUCCUCAUCGCAUCCGUCCAUGUCUGGCCAAAGCGUCAUUUGCAAUAACCCCUAACCACAGCCCAACCCGAACCUCGGUACUGUUUGUACUGCCGCCUUUGCUAGAUUUUUUUUCUGGAUUGCGCUUAACUGGGUUAGAACUACAUCUGGGAGGUGAGCAGUGACUGCGGUGAAGGGCGAUACAUCACUCGCAAGACAUUGUGGUAUAUAGUGUGGGACUAUGCGAGUCUGUGGGUCUCUGGGUUCUCUGUGCGAGUUGACCUCUAGGUCUUCUGUGCGAGUCGUAUGAGCGUAUGCAGGUCUCUGGGCGAGUCUGUGGGUUUUGUCUGUAUGGAUUUCUGUGGGUCUCUGCGUGGGUCUUAGUCUAUGGGCCAAUGCAAGGCGGUGGUUCUGUGCGAGUCUGUUUGUGACUGGCGAAUUGCAAUCCAUCACUCGUCAUCGCUCACAAAAAAUAGAGAACCCCAUUCUGGCUAACCUCGGGCACCAUCAUUAAUGGCUUUUCCAAACUCGCUCUACAGUUACAGGCCCAGCCUGGUGCUGUUUCAAACAUGGCAAACAAAGGUGCCUAUUUGUUCUCUCAUCCUAACCUGGACCCAAACUCCUACCUCAAACCGUGAGCCACACUACUUAGAUAUAUGUCGGCCUACCAGUUCAGUUUGUACUGAAAUCUACUCCCGAAUUCCGUUUCUCUGCACGCGAACGAUCCCAGGGAGACGUGGUCUUACGUUGGGGAAAUGUGCAAACAUUUAAAACGUGGAAGUGGCUCGUGGUACCUUGGAAUGGAGUUUGAUGGAUUUUUCUCUUUUUUACACGAUUUCCUUAAUUUCUAAUUAAACCAAGCCCCGUGCAGGAUUAACUUAAAUAAACGCUAUACGUGCAUUAAAA